AUGAGCAGACAAGAAGAUAUAGCUGCUGAAAGUAUCUUAAAAAGAGCAGAAUUAACAAGAAUUACAAAACAAUUAAAAUCAAGAUUAUCUAAAACAAAUUUAAAAUCCAAGUUGAAGGAAAAAUCUUUAAAUUCAAAUUCAAAUUCAAAUAAUAUAAUUCAUAAUGGUGGUAUAAAUAAAAUUAAUAUAACACCACAAAAAUCUUUAAAACAUAAGAAAUCUAUUGAUUCAAAUUAUGAUGCUUACAAGACAGAAGAUGAAAAUUCACCAAUUAAAUCUUCAAUUCAUCAAACAAAUUUACCACCAUCAUCACCAUUAUAUGAAGAAUUUCAAAUUCCAAUCAUACCUAAAACUCCACCACAACAAAAAAUCAAUUUAAAUACAGAUAUUUAUAAUUCAAAUUCAACAAAUAAAACACAACCAAAUUUUUCAUCACCAGUUAGAGGUUCUGCACAACAGGGUCAACAACAAGGUGGUCAACCACAUUUACAAACCCCAAAAAGAGGAAAUCAUCAUGAUGAAGGCGCAGAUUUAUUAAUGUUUUUAGCAACUUCACCUUCACCAAUUCAAUAUAAAAAUUAUCCAUCAACUCCACAAAGAUCUCAAUCUCAUUUAGCACUAAAUUCUUCAACUUCCAAACAACCUCAACAUCAACAACAAUCAUUACCAAAUUCAUCAUCAAUAAAUUCAUUAAAUAAAUUUGCAACACCAAAUACUCCCAAGAGAAAUCCAUUAAUUAAUUCAAAUAAUUUAAUUAAUUUAUCCAAGACUCCAGGAUUUAAUAUGAAUGAUUAUGUUAAUUUAUUUAGUCCUUCACCAAGAAUCACAAGAACUCCUGGUGGGUUUAUUAAUAAUGGACAACAAGUUGAUUUGAAUGGUGAAAAGGAUAUUAAUGGUAAAUUAAUCAAGUUUUGA